GGCUGCAGGACGAGGCCUGCGGCCCGUCCCGGAACCAGAGACGGGGCAGCGCUCGAGUUCCUGCGCGGGACUGCCAAGGCACGACCACGGGCCAGAAGGCUGCCAGGCUCAGUGGGCAAGCGAAGAAUCAACCACCGCUACACGGGCGCUUGGGGGAGGGGCCCGAGCGCGAACCCGAGCCCCAAAUCCCGACCCAGGCAGGGGCGGGGCCUUGGAGGACCAGCCCGCGCGGAAACGUCUCCGCGCGGCGUCUCGACAACCACUGACAGCCACCCGCCAUGGCCGCAGACCGGCGCUCGAAGGCCGACACCCUGGCCCUGAGGCAGCGGCUCAUCAGCUCUUCCUGCAGACUCUUUUUUCCCGAGGAUCCUGUUAAGAUUGUCCGGGCCCAAGGGCAGUACAUGUACGAUGAACAAGGGGCAGAAUACAUCGACUGCAUCAACAAUGUGGCUCACGUCGGGCACUGCCACCCUGUCGUGGUCCGAGCAGCACAUGAACAGAACCAGGUGCUCAACACCAACAGCCGGUACCUGCACGACAACAUUGUGGACUAUGCGCAGAGGCUGUCGGAGACCCUGCCAGAGCCGCUCUGUGUGUUCUAUUUCCUGAAUUCCGGGUCAGAAGCCAAUGACCUGGCCCUGAGGCUGGCUCGCCACUACACGGGACACCAGGACGUGGUGGUAUUAGACCAUGCGUAUCACGGCCACCUGAGCUCCCUGAUUGACAUCAGUCCCUACAAGUUCCGCAACCUGGAUGGCCAGAAGGAGUGGGUCCACGUGGCACCUCUCCCAGACACCUACCGGGGCCCCUACCGGGAGGACCACCCCAACCCAGCCGUGGCCUAUGCCAACGAGGUGAAACGUGUGGUCAGCAGUGCACAGGAGAAGGGCAGGAAGAUUGCAGCCUUCUUCGCUGAGUCUCUGCCCAGUGUGGGAGGGCAGAUCAUUCCCCCUGCUGGCUACUUCUCCCAAGUGGCAGAGCACAUCCACAAGGCCGGAGGGGUCUUUGUUGCCGAUGAGAUCCAGGUUGGCUUUGGCCGAGUAGGCAAGCACUUCUGGGCCUUCCAGCUCCAGGGAAAAGACUUUGUCCCUGACAUCGUCACCAUGGGCAAGUCCAUUGGCAAUGGCCACCCUGUUGCCUGUGUGGCCACAACCCAACCUGUGGCGAGGGCAUUUGAAGCCACCGGCGUUGAGUACUUCAACACGUUUGGGGGCAGCCCAGUGUCCUGCGCUGUGGGGCUGGCCGUCCUGAAUGUCUUGGAGAAGGAGCAGCUCCAGGCUCAUGCCACCAGUGUGGGCAGCUUCCUGAUGGAACUCCUCAGGCAGCAAAAAAUCAAACAUCCCAUCGUCGGGGAUGUCAGGGGUGUUGGGCUCUUCAUUGGUGUGGAUCUGAUCAAAGAUGAGGCCACAAGGACACCAGCAACUGAAGAGGCUGCCUACUUGGUAUCAAGGCUGAAGGAGAACUACGUUUUGCUGAGCACUGAUGGCCCUGGGAGGAACAUCCUGAAGUUUAAACCCCCAAUGUGCUUCAGCCUGGACAAUGCACGGCAGGUGGUGGCAAAGCUGGAUGCCAUUCUGACUGACAUGGAAGAGAAGGUGCGAAGUUGCCAGACGCUGAGGUUCCAGCUCUAAGCUAGCCCUGCUCUGCCUAAGUGUACUCCAGCCAGGACAGAGACUUCCAGGAGCUCCACCUGUCCUACGUUAUCUGGCUGCCAACGCCUGCUCAGAAACAGAGCCUGCCACACCCUGCCACUGCAGGCCGCACCCACAACUCCCAACUGCCAACUUGAAGCCUGAACUACCCUUUCCCUGACCAGAGUUCAGGAGGAAGACCUACACGUCUCUGCACAUGAUUCCAGUCAUUUGAAAGCACAACUGACCCUGGAUUUAAGCUGGCCAGGAUCCUGGGAGAUCUUUGGAAGGAUUUUUGCCUGGGUAUAGGGUUGACUUAAAAGAGGUGCCCAGAAGACCAAGUGAGGCAGUUCAUGCCUGUAAUCCCAACAGUUUACAAGCCUGAUGCAGAGGAUGGUGAGCUCAGACAACAUGGUGAGACCAGGCUUUAAAAAAAAAUACAAUACCAGGCGCAGUGCCUCAUGCCUGUAA